GCCAUACUGUCGAACGUUAUCACUCUCUCUUCUUACUGUUGUAGCAAAGAUGGCGGCGUUCGUGAGAGGCAUGUUUUGGCAUAUUCUUGUAGCGGAACGAAGUAAUAUUCUGAAAAAAAGUAACGACUGUAUCGUAGAUUCAAAGAGAUACGUGCGAGCAUUGAAAAGGAGGCCUGUGAAGGUUUUGUAUCCUGAUAGUGAGACGACCUCUCCAACAUCGAAACAGAGGUCAGAUCAAAUAGUCAACAAGCAGUCUCAAAAAGUUGCGUCCAAAAUGAGGGAGUCCACUGUCAACGCCAUUUUAAAAAAUGAGACCACUAAUAAACGUGUUAGCAGCAUGUCAUGGAGUGCCAGAAAUGGGAAUGCAUCCACAACGUCGGAACAUACAACCAAUCUGAAGGACCAACUAGGUGGCCUCAAAUUCGAAAGGGCCUUACCUGGUGACAAAAGAUUGGCGAGGGUAGUGAGUGUGGCUUGCUCCAGGACGUUUCGGGAGCACCAGGGUAAGAUCCUGUUGGAGGGGAGACGCCUGAUCUGCGAUGCCCUGGCUGCUGGAGCCAACCCUCAGAUGGUGUUCUUCAGUUCUGUGGACAGACUGUGUGAUCUCCCCUUGGACAAACUGAAGCGGGCCACUCUGGUCAAAGUCAAGUUUGAGGACAUCAAGAUCUGGUCUGACCUUGUAGCUCCACAAGGAGUGAUAGCCAUAUUUUCUCGGCCAGACCCAUCCCGGCUGACAUUCCCUCAGGACCAGCGUGGUCAGUCUGUGCCGCUGUCCCUGAUCUGUGACAACGUGCGGGACCCUGGGAACCUGGGCACCAUCCUGCGCUGUGCUGUUGCUGCAGGCUGCCACAAUGUCCUGCUCACCAAGGGUUGUGUGGACGCUUGGGAACCUAAGGUGCUGCGAGCAGCGAUGGGUGCCCAUUUCCGCCUUCCCAUCUUCCCCAACUUGGACUGGGACGACAUUCAAAACCAGCUGCCAAAGUUGGUGACUGUCCACGUGGCAGAUAACUGCAGUGGCUCUGAGAGAGAAGUAGCUGAGGAAGCAAAACAGUCCAACAAACCUUCAAAGAUGGGGGAAUAUGGAUGGGCAGUGUGCCCAGCUAGCCAGGGUUCCAUCAUGCACCCCACUCUUGGGGGGGGGGGUCCAACAUCAUCCCUCUAAAGCCUCACUCAAGGACUACAAGGCUGGGAAGCUUCAGACACACAUCACAGUGUGUUUGAAUAGUGUAUGCAUGGGAGGGAGGGAGAAAGAAAGAGGGAGUGUUGUAUUCCUUCAUGCCUGGUGAGGAAUAGUAUAAAAGGGCGUGUGGUGGAGCUUUGACGACAGAGUUAGUCGGGACAGAACUAUGUCACUACCUGAAUGUCUUUUUACAAGCCCUCAAACACAGAUCCCAGGCUUGAUCUCACCAUUUAACAAAUGGGAAUUACAGAUGGGGCCUAGAAACAUAAGACAGCAGGAAUAACUCACUAUAACACCACAGCAGACAGGCAGCAGCUCCCCAGCCCACUCACUUGGAGGGGCAAUCAAUUAUUCAGAGAGAAUAUAACACAGGCACUUUUUGGCAAUAGCAUGUCAUUUCAGUUAGUAAAUCAACAAAGCUGCAUUAGUUCCAGUCAGUCAAGACUUUUGUUGAUUUAUGUGAGGUCACACAUUUCAGCUGUCAUUUAGCAGAUGCUCUUAUCCAGAGCGACUUACAGAAGAAAUUAGUGUUAAGUGCCUUCAAGGGCACCGACAGAUUUUUCACCUAGUCAGCUCGGAGAUUCGAACCAGUGACGUUUCGUUUAAUGUCCCAACGCUCUUAACCGCUAGGCUACAUGCCACCAGACUAGUAUCUAACGUCGACUGAGAUGGUCUCUUGCUUCCUCAUGACAGGAUGAGCUGACUUCCCCUCAACUAAGCCCUCUGGGUGAGAGAGGCUUGGAAGAGAUCGAAGAUAGAACAAUUUCAUAUGGAAAAUAUUAUUUUAAAAAUAGAUGUUACAGGGAACGACCACAGGGUGGCACUGUCACAAGAUUGGAAAGCUGUGAUUUAAUGAGUGCCAAACGUUCCUGUCAUCUGGCAAAAUGGCAGUAAAACUAAAAAUGGAUUAAACUGCACAAUCAGCUCUCAGACCUCUCAAAGAGCAGCUUGGUCGAUUUGCUACUUAAAAUGGACAAGUAUGUAUGCCAACAAAGUUUGACCUCAACUUGUUGUAAACCCGCUAGCAGAACAGUUGAGUUUUCCUGUGGCAUGUAAAAUCUGGAGAGCUCAAUUCUUCUGAAUCUCUCAAAUCUGAUCUAGGAACAGAACAUUAGGUCUUAAACCUAUUAAGGUUCAUAAAAAUAUCCAAUGAAAGUAAUUGCUACACUUAUGAGGAUGAUUCAUGUAGCCACAAGCUACAUUCUCAAGCUUUAAAAAUCUGUGACUCCACACAUCCUCCUUAAAGUCUUCUCUUGCAAGCUCAAAUUGAAGAUACAUCCUUGGGCAUCGCCUUAGAAAGGAACCACAGAAAGAGAACCCACAGAGGAGUCUGUCAGCGUGGCCUCCCAGCCUCUUAGAUAUGAAGAGAUGUAAUCUCCCUGGCUGUCUUCUUCUCUGUGGGAAGUCUUGCAUCUUCCUUUGUGUGGCUGCUAACCCUGUGUAAACUGUUCUUCAUAAGAAGCAACCAGUCCAGCCGUGAAAGAAGGAGGGAGACAGAGAGGCCAGCCCCCGCCCUCUCCAGCCCAGUUCUGAACACAAAGAGUCGCUCUGCUAUGUCUGGCCUGCAGUCACUGACUGACUGCCGUGAUAAGGCUAGUGUGUGUGUUAACCGUAUGGAACCUACUGCUGCACAAUGUCAGAAGUCGACCGAUUUAUGAUUUUUCAACGCCGAUACAGAUUAUUGGAGGACCAAAAAAAGCUGCUACCGAUUAAAAUCGCCCAAUUUUUAUUUAUGUAUUU